CUUGUGUAAAAUCUCCUGUUUCUUCUUGGGCUGGGCCUAUUGCUGAGUUGCAGUUGACCCUCCCCCCGAUUUUAGUGGCACCACCUCACCUUCAACGUCUCGUGCAUCUUGCAUCUGCAUCUGUUGCACAUCCGACAUCUCAAGUCUCUAAUAAUGCUUCAUUCUCACACCACCAGGCGCAGACACGGCGAGACAUGCGUUUCUUCUGAUUCCUUUUUCCAAUAUGCGUUUCUGUAUCGCACCCUUUCGGUCACUUUCCGCUUUCCCCGCAUCUUUUUUAUGUAUCUGUACGGCAUCUCUUGUUCACCUUGGCAUCAGAUUGUGGCUCGUAUUACAAACGAAUACAUGGCAUGGCGCCUGUGCAUACUGGUACAACCCUUUUGAGCAAAGUAGUAGCGUUUCCCCGCGUCUUCCAUUUCAUGCGACACAGCCAGCACUUGGCUAAUUUCCUUCCUUGGACAUAAUCAUAUACAGUAAUGCAACACCUGCCAGAAUCCGCCAAUCAUACGAAUCGGACCCCUCUAGAUUCUCGUCUUGCUGCUCAGGCAUUCACUCACAACUGACUGCUCAGUCCGCUAUAGCAGAGAAUCAGACAAUUUAGGUACAAGGCCUCUUUUGCGCCGUAUCCGCAGCUAUUCAUUUGUAUUGUAUAUCCCUUUGUCUACAACACUUUCAGCCUCAUUCGGCUCUGCACCCGUUAGUUAUGGAGAAUUCAAGGGUCCAGGCUCCAUCCACGGCCCAGACAAUUACCGGCUCCACGCGAGGUCAAGGCCCAGUUCUUCUCGGCAACAGGUUCAUCUUUCAGGCGUGAUAUUUCCAUUGUCACAAUCACAACGUGAAGCUUCUAGAUAUAUCAAGACAUCGACGCUUUCUGGCUAUCCUGUGAUAACCUGGCAAGCACAUACUGUAACCCCGCGUUAUAGAUCAACAUCCUCCAUUCGGACGCUACCUUUCAACCUUUAUUAUUGGCUGAUAUACUGGCUAUCCCCCACGAUGUGUGAACUUACGGACGCCAUCAUUUCAUGGAUUCAAGACCGGUAUCAGUUUGUGUGAAAGGUCAUGUACGAAGAGAAAACAGCAUGCACAUUCUCUUUUCUUCUCUGAAACGGAGAUUCUGCAACCGAGUGUCUGUCCCCAUAAUCCGGACCGGUGGUUACAUGCCUCUUCCCGGCAUGAUCGAGAUCAAGACGGCCCGGUUACUAUGCAGCAACUGAGCUGGGCAAACGGCCCUUGCAUGUUGAGGCGAGCGGCUUUGGGUUUCAACGAGGGGACAUCCUCGAACAAGCACUUCACUCUUCGCUUCAAUACCGACGCAUCAGGUCGCAACAGUGUGGGUUGCAGCAUAAAGACACCACAGAUCGGGUAGGUGAACGAGGGUUUGAUCAACAAGAGCGAAGCUCACGGAGACACUGGUGAGAUUUACUUUAGACCAUCGAGUGGACGAGAACGGGCAUGUACAUAGUCCAUGAUGAUCUCGUACUAUCCAUGCUGUAACCCCGUGGUGGCUAUAAUCCAGUUUGCUACGUCAAUUAGUACAUACGGCCAUAGGUAGUGGAAAAUACGGGAUCCCGUCUGCUCUCCCAUAGUCAAGCCACUAACCGGCGGAUUAGUAGUUGGGUCGGUGACGACCAGCGAAUCCCCGCUGUUGUAUGUUUUUGCUGUUUAUAGCUACUACUAACUAGUCUUUUACUUUGCCUUUGAAUUGUCUGUCUGAGGGAUGAAUCGUAGAGAGUGAGGAGUGUUGUUCUUGUAACAGUUGCUGAAGAACUGACUAUCUAGGCUGCGAAAGAUGGACCUUGGAAUUCUGACUCAUCUACCGAACUCUAUGUCAUCACCUCUAAGCAGGUCCCAUGGAACCUUUAGGUUAAAGAUUAAUGACGGAACAAAGUAAGACAGUCUGAGUAUUAGGCGCAUAUCGAGACACAGAAAUCUUGAUCUUGACCGGUUUGCUAACUCGUUGGAAUGCCUUCGUCAAAACUGGCUCCGGGCCAAGCAACAACGAUAGAUUUAUUGCCAGCUGAAGAACUACUCCGUGAUCUUCUGCUUGAGUGCCGACAAAAGCUGGCGACGCCAGACCUUGAGAUAUGGAUAACUGGUGGCUGGGUGAGAGAUCGACUCCUGGGCAUUCCCUGUGCCGACUUGGAUAUCGCUCUUAGUACCAUGACUGGUGUGCAAUUCGGCAUUCUUCUGACAAAGUUCCUCAAGCAGAAUGAGGGCUCCUAUCGGCAGCGAGCACUAGGCUUGGGAAUCGACUUCAAUGAAUUCAAUGGCUUCCAUACAACCAACAAGAAUCUCGACAAGUCAAAGAAACUCGAGACUGCUGUUGGAAGAAUCUUUGGCUUGGACCUGGAUCUUGUCAACCUGCGUAAGGAGGUAUACGACGACGAUUGUCGUACUCCAGAAAUGGAGUUUGGCACCGCCGAGGAAGAUGCUUUCAGACGUGACGCAACUGCUAAUGCCCUGUUUUUUGAUCUCCAAAACCGAAAGGUUGCCGACUUUACCCGCAGAGGCCUGGACGAUCUGUUUGCUGGCAUAAUGCGGACACCACUCGCGCCAAGGCAGACCUUUCUCGACGAUCCCUUGCGUGUGCUUCGUCUCAUCCGCGUAGGAAGUAAACUCGGGUUUACCCUUGAUUCCGAGGCUCUGAGCUGCAUUAGAGAGCAUGAAAUCCAUGUGGCUCUAGACGAGAAGGUCAGUCGGGAGAGAGUCGGCAUUGAGGUCCUCAAAAUGAUGAAGAACCGGAACCCUGAGCUGUGCUUUUCAUUAAUCCUCGAGGCCAAUCUCUAUGGAACUGUUUUCUUGACGUUGUGCUCUCCUCUUCAUGAGCCUCUCCAUCGUCUCCUCCCCCAGGAACCCGAAAGGCCAUGGCCCGCCACUUGGUCGCGGGCAAUCAACGCUAUUAUGACUUUAGCGCAGGACCCAGCAAGACAUUUUGGGGCUUUUAUGGAAUCUGAGAACCAGAAAGAUAUGCUUUGGGCGAUCGUGGCUUAUGCCCCGUUAGCAGGGCUGAAUUCCAAGGACCAUAAGCUUGCCGUUCACGAAGCUAUAAAUGCCCUAAAGGGCACUAGGCAGCUUUACAAACUUAUAGAAUCGUCGCUAGGGAACUUGGAAUCUAUUCGAUCCACUGUAGAGCUAGUGGUCAGCUCUACUCCGUCCCGGGGCACGAUAGGGAUGAGGCUCCGUGAAUGGGGAGCCUUCUGGGGCCUGCAGGUUCUUUUUUCGGCCCUUGGAGAGAUAGUAUACUUGAGGCCACAACCGGAACUUACAGACCCGAGUCAGGAGGAAAUCAAUAAAGUGCUGCACAGACAUGAAGCCCUACUAUCAUUUGCCCAGAACCAGGGGCUGGAUUCGGUUUCUUCAUUGAAGCCAAUCUUGGAUGGAAACGCCAUAAAAAAGGCUCUUGGGGUCAGCCAUGGAGGUAAAUUCCUUGCCAGGGCGAUUGAAGGACUGCUUGAAUGGCAACUUGAUCACGAGGAUGCAGACGAAGCAGCGGCCGAGGCAUGGCUUCUCAGCCAGGGGGAUAAACUUGGCCUUCCAAUAGCUGAAAGCAAAUGAACUCCUCAACUCGGCUUUCCGAGUGAUAGUGUACAUCCCCAGCAUCCUGCAAGUUGAUCUGACCAUCUCGUGGCUUGGAAUUUACGAACAGCAUGGUCAGGCCCUGAAUAGAGGUUGAGAAAGAGGAGAGAAGGGUCGUUGGAAACUCAGGUCUUACCCUGAACCUGAUCGUAUGAGACUUUCAAGUGUCUAAUGUCAUUAAUGAAUGAAGGGCAAAAUAUAUUAACUCAUCUAUCUUGUGCCU